GGGGCCGUGGGGUGGGGGCAGUGGGGCCGUGGGGUGCGGGGCCGUGGGGCGCCCAGCCCAGACGUGCCCAGGGCCAUCGGACACCCGUGGGUUGCUCCCCAGCGUGCCCCAUCCCAGGCUUUAUGGGGCCAUCCCGUGCCCAAGGAAGGAGCCGCGUGGGGCCCGCGCAGCGCAGAGGGGCUCGGGGCGAUGCUGUGCCCUGGGACAGAUGUGCGUCGGGCCGCGGCGCGCUCCGGCACGGUCGUGCAUCGCACCACCCUUCAUGUGCGCACAAGCGGAGGUGCACGGUGCUGUGGUGUGCCCCAGGACAGCCGUGUAAAGGGCCCUGGUGUGCCCCAGGACGUUGCUCGUUGUUCCAUAGUGUGCCCCAGCACAGUCGUGCAGGGGGCCACGAAGUGUCCGUGACAGACGUAUGCGGGCUGCGAUGUGCCUCAGGACACGGGGGGUGUCACGGGGUGCCCCUUAGCAGGUGUGCAGGGGGCCACGGUGCGCCCUAGAACAGGCGUGCGUGUGGCAAUGGUGUUCCCUGGGACAGCGAUGCACAGGGCAGUGAGGUGCCCCCAGACAAACGAACGCAGCGCUGUGGGGUGCACAGGACGGAGGUGUGUGGGGAAGUCGCUUCCCCAGGAGACACAUGCAGUGGGCCACCGUGCUCCUGAGGACAGGCCGUGUAUGGCUCAGGACAGAGGUGCACAGGAUCACUGUCACAUGGGCAUUUUGUGCCCAGGACAGAUGUGACUUGAGGCGCGAUUUGCCCCAGGACAUUGUGCAUCGAUCCGUGUUUUGCACCUGCACGGAUGUGUGAUGCACCAUGGUGUGCCCGGGACAGAUGUGCACGUGGCCAUGGUGUGCCUGGGACAGCUGUGCAUGGGGACAUUGCAUUCCCCAGUACGGAUGUGCGCUGUGCCUUGUUGUGCCCCAGAACAGACAUGCACGGGGCACGGUGUGUCCUUGGUGGAUGUGCAGGGGGCAUGGAGUGACCUGGGGCCUCCUGCCCUGGCCCCAGCUUGGCUCUUGCCAUGUCCCAUGGGUGCUCUGCAUGGGGCCAGUCUUUGCCCUGGGGGUGCCAUGUCCUCAUGGUGCCAUGCGCUAUGCUGCUUUGCCCAGGGGUGCUAUGCAAUGUGUGGGAGCAGAAUGAGUGCAAAGGUGCUCAGCCUUUGGGUGCUGUCCCUGUUUAGGAACUCUUCCCCAGGCCCUGCAGACGCUACUGAGGACUGUGUAUCCUGUGAUGUCCCUGCAGCUCCCUUGGGAGAUGCGAUGUGGGGCCAGCCUGCAUCCCAAGGGGGGGGGAGCUGGGGGUGUGGGGCAGGAGGCAGAGCCUGGGCGCUGCAUUUUAGGCCACCUGGGGGCUGGGGUGCUUUGGGCACAGGGAGGUGGGGACAGCCCUGGGGCCGGCAGUGCGUGUCCCUGUGUCCCAAGGCAGCCUUCAGAGUGGACUGGGUGGCACCGGGUGGCAACAUCGAGCUUGGGGACCUACUAUUCCCGUCACGGGCUGUGGAGCUCAGCACCUGGGGACCCAUGUGCCACACUGCAGGACGGCCACUGCUGCUCAGGGUCCCGCGUGGCUCGGGACGGGAGGUCACACUCCUGACGUGCCACUGCCAGUGCCCCCAGCUUGCGGGGAGCACUGGUUCCAGGCUGAGCUCUCCCCACGGGGACCCUCAUUUCCCAGAACCAAGCACCCACAAGAUUAGCCCCCCCGUUGUCGCUGGGGGGAAGGCGUGUCCCCACACACAUCGCGCAGGGAUCUGCCCCCCCCCCCCCCCCCGGCCACCCUGCGGCACCCCCGUGGCUCCCAGCUGCAGCCACUGGUGAGGUUCUUUGGUGUCAGGGAUCCGGAUUUGCUUCCAGUUGUCAUCGAGGGCUUUCCUAGGGGAUUGUUCUGGGAAAACAGCCUCCCGCGUGGGAGGUCCACGCUGUGCCAGCCCCACGGGCUGCCAGGACCCGCGCCUCCCGUGAGAGGGGGACCCACGGGGCAGCCGCGGGGAGGGGGCCGGGUCCCGGCCGGGCGCUGGCAGGGCAGGGCUGAGGGGGUCCCCGCGGCGUCCCGAGGGCAGCCGGAGAUCGCCCACGCCGUGCUCCAGCCCCAC